AAGCUAUAACGAGACAUCACAGAACAUUCUAAAUUAUUUUGGUCAUGAUGAUGAAGUUAUAGUAGUACAGUAUGAUAAAAUCCAAGUUACUAUCAACAAUCCAACUCCCCUCAAACACCCCAAAAUCAAGACUAGCAGAACAAACCUGCUUAACACUCCUUCACUCUUCCCACUGCAACACAUUCACCAAACUAACUCAAAUUCAAACCUUCAUUCUCAAACAUGGCCUCCAAAACAACCCAUUAAUCCUCACCAAAUUCGCUUCCACUUCCUCCAACAUAAACGCCAUUCACUACGCUUCUUCAUUUUUAUUCCCAUUUGACCAAACUACCCCUACCCAACCACCCUCUUACGAUGCCUUCCUCUUCAACACCGUUAUCAGAGCUUAUGCUCAAACGCACGAUUCAAAAUCAAAGGCAUUGUUCUUUUAUAGAACCAUGGUUCGUUACGGUGUUUCGCCUAAUAAAUUCACGUUUCCGUUUGUUCUUAAAGCGUGUGCUGGUGUUGGCAGUUUGAGGUUGGGGAAAUUGGUUCAUGGAUGUGUCGUGAAGUUUGGUUUUGAGGAGGAUCUUCAUGUUUUCAAUACAAUGAUUCAUAUGUAUUGUUGUUGUUGUGAGGGAGAAGAAGGGGUUGAGAUUGCUGAGAAGGUGUUUGAUGAAAGUACUAAGUUGGAUUCGGUGACGUGGAGUGCUAUGAUUGGUGGAUAUGUGCGUUUGGGACGUUCUGCACGUGCUAUUGGGUUGUUUAGAGAAAUGCAGGUUGUCGGUGUUUUCCCUGAUGAGAUCACGAUGAUAUCAGUUUUGUCUGCAUGUGCUGAUUUGGGGGCACUUGAGCUUGGAAAAUGGGUGGAAUCAUACAUUGAGAGGGAAAACAUUCAUAAGUCUGUGGAACUCUGUAACGCUAUGAUAGACAUGUUUGCAAAGUGUGGCAAUGUCGACAAAGCCGUCAAACUGUUCAGACAAAUGGACUCACGCACCAUAGUUUCAUGGACUUCAGUAAUUGCUGGUCUUGCAAUGCACGGUCGCGGGUUAGAGGCUGUUUCAAUAUUUCAUGAAAUGGUUAAAAAUGGUGUAACACCUGAUGAUGUUGCUUUCAUUGGGGUGCUCUCUGCUUGCAGUCACUCAGGACUUGUUGACAAAGGAAGACACUAUUUCAAUUCAAUGGAAAGGAAUUUCAGCAUUGUGCCAAAGAUAGAACAUUAUGGAUGCAUGGUGGAUUUGUUUUGUAGAUGUGGAUUUGUCAAAGAAGCAUUUGAGUUUGUUCAAAACAUGCCUUUUGAACCAAACCAAAUCAUAUGGAGAACCCUAAUAACUGCUUGUCAUGCAAUUGGGGAACUCAAGCUUGGAGAGAGUAUCUCUAAAGAGCUAAUAAAAAAUGAGCCGAUGCACGAGUCUAACUAUGUUUUGUUGUCGAACAUUUACGCGAAAUUGCGACGAUGGGACAAGAAGACUAAGGUGAGGGAGGUGAUGGAUAUGAGAGGGAUGAAGAAGGUUCCGGGGAGUACGAUGAUUGAGGUAAACAAUGAAAUGCAUGAGUUUGUUGCUGGUGAUAAGUCUCAUGAUCAGUAUAAAGAGAUAUAUGAAAUGGUGGAUGAGAUGGGCAAGGAAAUCAAAAGGGUAGGGUAUGUGCCUACAACAUCUCAAGUGUUGCUUGACAUUGAUGAAGAAGAUAAAGAAGAUGCUUUGUAUAGACAUAGUGAAAAGCUUGCCAUAGCUUUUGCUCUUUUGAACACUCCCCCUGGAACAUCGAUUAGGAUUGUGAAGAACUUGCGCAUUUGUGAGGAUUGUCACUCUGCUACUAAGUUUAUAUCUAAGGUUUAUAAUAGAGAAAUUGUUGUCAGGGACCGCAAUCGCUUCCACCAUUUCAAAAAUGGUUUGUGCUCUUGUAGAGACUUUUGGUAAUGAAAAAUUGAUUAGACCAUCAAAGAUUCUGCAUUCAUUUGCUGGAAACUUCAACCAUUUGUGGAGGGAUUCCAUCAUUUUAAAACAUGUUUGAAAUUAAAUACAAUGUCUUCUACUGAUGUCAAAA